AUGAUUUUCAUACUUUCGUGUUUGGAAGUGGAAGCUUUUUGUUUAGAUUAUACUCAGUGUGAUGGCUACUACUCUCCAUCAUGUUAUCUUUGCAGCUUACACAUACUAUCAUCAACUGUGCAAUUUAUAUGCAAGGAAAUUAACAGUGAUUCACAUGAACAUCGAAUUUUCUCGUCAGGCUGCGAUUUCAGUAGGAAAUAUAAUUGCAGGUGCUAUAAGCACGCCUUAAAUUUGAAAACCAUUUGUAAAUAUGAAGAGAAAGAUGAAAAUUCUAAAGGUCAAUUUCCUUUAAAAACUAGAAAGCGCCAAUAUAAAUCUGCAAUCAAAAGGAAUAUUACCUCAUAUUAUUUCAAAAAAUCGAUUGAAAGAGUCAAUUUCAUUAAUCUCUUUCCUGAUUUUGAACAUGAAAAUGACAUAUCACUUACUGAACAUAAUCUUCAUCUUUUUGAUUGUCCAAAGUCUACAUCAAUUCCUCAUCAACAUGUUCUGUCUUCUAAGCAUUCGAAUUGUUCAAAUAUAGAUGUGUUGAGGAUUUAUUUAACAAAGCAUAUGACUACAGAACUUCCUCAAUUCUGCACAUAUCCUCAUAUAUUGACUAUUCUUUGUCAAUAUAUUAAUAUGAUCCAGUUUAUCAUACAUAUGAAUGAAGAAUAUUCAAUUCAAUACAGUGAUGUAUUAUCAACAUUCAAUAUCAAUAUUUUAACAGAACUAGAAAAUGUCAUUAUUUCGAUUUAUGAAAAGUUUAUUAGGACUAAAGAUAAUUCCCACUUAGUAACUGUGGUAAUAAUUUGUGAAAAUUUAUCGAUUAUAUGUGAUUGUAUAAAAUAUUGUAAACAUUUAAAUCUCCCUCUCAUUAUCAAUAAUAAUAAUCAUAAUAAUUUAUUAUUAAAUUUUAAUCAAUGUUUAAUUCAAUGGUUUAUUUCCAUGGAUUCUAUUCAAUAUUUUCCUUUCAAAAUUACUAUAAUUGAUACACUUGCAUAUCUUAUUCAUAUCAAUCCUCAAUAUUUCUAUAUUGACAAUCAAUGGCAUAAUGAAAUGAAUAAAUUUUUAAUGAAUUUAUCAUUUACAAAUGGAUUAUACAUGAAUGAUUGUUCAUCUAAUGUAAAUGAUUGUAAUAAUAAUAAUAAUUAUUAUUAUUAUAUGAGUUUAUUUCAUCAACUUCAUCAUUUAGAUAAACAAUUAUUACAUCACAAUAAACAAAUAAACAAUGAUUUAACUGUAAAUAAUAAUAAUAAUCAUGAAUUUCCUUAUUUUAUUGUUUUAUUAGAUUGUUUUACAUCACAAACAAACAUUACUACAUUACUUAUUAGUAAUGAUACUACUACUACUACUACUACUAUUAAUAGUAAUCUACCAAUUACUUAUUGUUUAUUAUUAAAAUUUAUGUAUAUACAUAUCACAUCAAUUACUUCUAUAUAUUUAUUAAAUGAUCAAUAUGUUGAAUGGAUAUUUGAUCUAUUGUUUAAACUAUACUACAUAAUAUCACCAUUCAUUUCGAAUCAUUUCAGUACUCCUACUCCUCUUCUUCCUCCUCCUCCUCCUCCUCCUCCUCCUACUACUACUACUACUACUACCACUACUACUAAUGAUAAUAAUAAUAGUAAUAAUAAUAAUAAUAAUUAUUAUUAUAUUAUUUGUACAUUUUCAAUGAAUUUAAUUAAGAAUCAAAAAUUCAAUUUAUUAAAACAAAUUUUCUAUCAAUUUAUAAAGGAUUCAAAAUUCUCUAAAUUAAAAAUAAAAUUUUUCUUUCAAUUAUUAAAUCAAUUACAAUUACAAUUGAAUCUAUUAUAUAGUAAUAAUAAUAAUGAGAAUAAUAAUAUUAAUAUUAUUAUUAUAUUAAUGGAUUACAUAAUAAAUGAUGUAAUGAUUCCAAUGAAAGAAAUCAAUUCAAUGGAUUUCAAUGAAAAUCAUUUUCUAUUAGAAUGUUUUAUGAAUUUAAUUAGAAUGAAAAUUCAAUCCAUUCAUUCUAUUAUAAAUGAUUCAAUCAUUAAUGUAAAUAAUUGGAAAGUAUACAAUGAUUUCAUGGAUAAUCUAUUAGAUAUAAAUGAUGUGAAUCAUUCAUAUUUGUUGUUAAGAUGUUUAGUUAAUAAUAUUUUAACUGUUCAGUUGAAUCGUCCUUCAGUAGUCUCCAGUGGUCACAUUCAAUUAUCGUUAAUACAAGAAUACGAACUAUUACAAAGUCGAUUGAUGUAUUCCACAGCUGGCUUAUUUUUUGAUAUUUUAAAUGAAUCAGAAAAGUUACUACACACAUUGAAUACAAAGACUAUUGAAGAAAUCAUAUCAAUUUGGCAAUUAUUAGCUUAUUUUAUAUUAAUCUCUCAUUCAAAUUGGUCAAAUCCACCAAUGAUCAUUCAUUUAAAUCAGAAUUUAUUUCAUCAUUCAUUAAUCAAUGUUCAGAAUUCAAAUAAACAUUCGAAAAAAUCUUUUAGUGAACUUGGUAUUUCAUUUAUAAGUAAAGUUAUACAAGUAAAGUUUUAUAUAAAUGAAAAGUACAAUGAUCCAAUUACUGAUGUAGUUGAUUUACGAAAUGUCAAUCAAUUAAGUUCUUUAAUUUUACCGCCAAUGAUUGUUUUAAUUGAAAUGAUACCAAAUAUAGCGCCAUUAUUGAAUGAUGGGGAUUCGCAUAGUGAUAAUCAUAGUAAAUAUAACAAUUCAAUCGAUCAGUUAUUCACUAUACUAGAAGAUGCUUUUACACAAGUGCAAUUUAUUAGAACAUAUGGUUUUAAUAAUUUUUAUGAGUUCCUUGUACAUUUUAUUCAGUAUAACUUUCAUGAAAAUUCUUUUAUAAACAACAGUACUACUACUACUACCAAUGAUGAUAAUAAUGAUAAGAUAACAUUAUCUAAUAAAAUGUUUGAUGAACGAUCCCGAUUUUCUUCAUCAUUGACUUCUGACGAAUCGAUAAAUAAAACAUCAAAUACUUGUACGGAUAAUCAAUAUUUUGUAUAUCAUUCUUCUUUUCAUCUAGAAAAUUCUCCUUUUUUAUCUUUAUUGAGAAUAGAUCAAUCAAAUGAUACAACUCAAAAGGAUACAAUAUACAAGUAUAAUCCACAAUCAGUACGAUUAUUAGUGUUUUCAACAAGAUUAUUUAUUCGAUUAACAUUACAUAAUCUAUCAUUAUUCAAUUGUUGUCUACAUACUAAAUUAUCAUUAUCUAUUAUGAAUAAUGUAAAUGUUUCAAUAAAAUGUGAAAAUCAAUUAUGGUCAAAUUGUCUAUCAAUUAUUAUUGCUAAUUAUUUUAGUAUAUUUAAAUCAGAUAUACAUGGACCACAUUCAAUGGAGGAUAAAUAUUUACAAAUUAAUAUAAAUCAUUUAAUUGAGGAGAUUUUAAAAUUAAUGACUAAUUUAUCAAAGUGUUCAAUUAUUCGACUAAGCUGUUUAGAUUUAUUACGAUGUUUCAUGAUACCACAAUAUAUCCGACCAAUUCAAUUUUGUACAGACUAUUCACAACCACUUGGUGUAUUAAGUGUGAAAUCUGUAAAACACUUUAUGCAACUGAUAUUGAAAGAUUUAAGACAAAUACAAAGUAUCGAAGGCAGUAACAGUCUUAACAAAGGUAAUAACCAUAAAUACCAACGCACAAAUACUCAUCAUGAUGAUGACCUUACAGAACAGGAUACGAAGCUUUCUACCCUUCAUGCAAUCAAUAGUAUAUAUCCAUACGUUACAUGUCAAAUGUUCAAUUUACUGAUUGACUGGAUUCAAGCAAAUAAUGUUCUAAUGCCAACUAUAUAUACCAUUUGGCCAAAAUUAUUAAACACUCAUCUAUUAUAUUGUCAAUAUGGACAGCUACAUUAUCCUAUUCUACAAUGUACUAAUAUAUGCUCUCAUCAUUAUUCUUAUGCAUUAGCAUUUGAAGAUAAUCAAUAUGAAAUUGAUAAACACCAAGUUUUAUAUCAAAAAUUAUUAAAUUAUAUUUGUCCAUUAUCAACCAUUAUUAAUCACCGGAGUAAUCAAUCAUUUUUGUCUACUUCGUUUAAUUAUACUACUGAUAAUCAUAGUUUAGGAUUGUCGACCUGGUUUUGUUUACAUGGAAAACAGUUAAAUUAUAUGAAAGUUAAACCUAAGUUCAAUCAAUUAUCUGAAGUGGAUCUAUUUCAAUUUGUACAAUUAAAUCAGUUACAACAUUUCAUCAGUUUGGAUUUACUAUCUUCAUCCUUAUGUCACAAUAAUCAAUCUGGAUAUCAAUCAUUGAUAAAUACAACAAACACAUUACCAUCAUGUUCAACUAAUCAUAGUCACCUCUCACUUCAAAUAUGGAUAUCGUCUAUUUAUUCAUGUAUAUAUAUUCGUAUUGUUGAAAUGUCAAUCAAUAAAGAGAAUACAACAUUAAACUAUAAUGAAACAUCUAUAUCAUUAGAGGGGAAUACAAAUGAAAUUAUAUUGCUUAGUGAUUUAUGCUUAGAUUUUCCUAAAGAAUGUAAUAUUUAUGAUGAAUGGAAUCAUUUAUUUUUAUAUAUUGAAUGGAUAAACUAUUUCAAUGCAAAAGUGUCACUUGUAAUCAAUGGUUGGUUUGAAUCUAUUGGUGAUUUAAUAUUGAUUAACAAAGAGUUUGCCGAUUCACAUAUAAACUGUCGACAUCAGUUUAUACCUCCUGUGUUGCGUUUUGGUCAUGCAAUUGAUGUAUACUCUUCUUUUGAAUGUAGAAGAAAUACUUUUGAUUUAGGGAAUUUACUUUUGUUUACUGGUUUACCUUCUAGUGUGCAAAAACUUUCUUCAUCAUCUUCUGAUUCUGUCUUCAAAUGCAAAAAGAAAUCUUCAAAACAUCAUCAUGAACAAAUGUCACAAAAGUCAGACCAUCAAAAUGAAAAUUAUUUUAACGAUUCAAUUAAAGCAAUCGCUUUAUCACUUAGCCUUUUAGGUCCAUUAUUCAAUGGUUAUUUUGAUUCAAUUGAAUCAAGUGCAUACUAUCGAAAUUCAGCUGAUUGUAUACUUUAUGCAUUUAUACGUAGAUAUGCAUUAAAGGAUUCAACAUUGAAAAGUAAUCAUUAUCAUCAUCAUCAUGACUAUGAUUAUAUCAGUCAAUUAUUAAUGAGAGCUCAUUCUUUAAUCCAUUCAGAAUUAUGGUUAAGAUUCUUAAAAACAUACUGUUCAGAACAUUUAUUCAUCAUUUUGUUGAGUCAUAAUCUAACUUGUGUACAAUUCAUUUUACCAAAAUCGCUAAUAUCAUUCCAUAAAGCUGAAUAUAAUAAAUCGUUAACAACGGUAAUGAACAACGAUAACGUGCAUGACAUAUACUUGUUAAAUUCCAAUGUUAGCCAACAUUACAAAUCAUUUGAUGAAAAUACAAUACAAAUUGAUUAUGGUCAUUCGUCUAAAAAACGAUUAUGGUUAUUAAGGAGCAUAUAUUCACCUGAUAACAAUCAAUCAAUAUCUCACUAUGUUAACUAUUAUUAUCGGGAAAGUUUUGAUUCAGUUUUUGAACCUCAUGGAGGUAUUGAAGUGGUAAUUUGCCUUCUUGGUGAACUUGUCUGUCAAUCACACAGUUCUAAUUUGAUUUCAUAUGGACUAAAAUUACUCUUCACAAUGUUACAUCAUUCUAGUAUAAUGUAUGCAAAAUUUUAUGCACCAGCAUUAUCACAUCCUGGUUUAGAGAAUUCAAUGGAAAGACGACAUAAAAAACUAUGGUUAUUUCAAAAUUGUAAUGACCAGCUAAAUUGUAAACCAGUUCCAUUAAGUUUUGGACAUUGUCUAUUAGCUCGUCUAUUCAAACAUCCAGAAUUUAAUAUGAUCUCAUCGAAAUCAUAUGAAAUUAUGAAAGUCUUACUAAAUGAAAUCAUAUUGACAUUUCCUGUAAACAUUUUAUGUAAAAAAUCUAUGAAACAUACAUCAUCCAUUGUACAUUUAUUGAUCAAUCCAAGUUUAUUACGUUGUCUUAUCUUGUUUGGUUCACAAUCAUUCUGGUAUCCUACAUCGAAACAACAACAACAACAAUCUGGAUUUGGUACUCACAAUUCAAUUCAUCUUUCUAAAUCAUCAAACAAAUCAAUUUUAUUUAAUUAUGGUUUAAUACCUGGAAUAUUUGAAUUAUUAAUGAAUAUUAAUGAAUUGUCAAAUUCAACUAUAAUCAUUAUCAAAUUAUAUAAUUUGUCUAUAUUAGAUAAAUGGCAAUUAAUUAUGGCAAUGUUGACUGGAUUUCGAGAAUUGUUCCUAGAAAAUGAUAAUCAUCAUUCAAUACAAAGAACUUUAAUGAAUCAUGAACAUUUAAAAUUUAUAACACAGCAGUGGCCAAUUACUUCAUUGAUGAAUUGUCUGAUAAAUUGUCUUUCAUUAUCCGUAGUGACAAAUGAGCCAAGUAAAACUAGAGCAACCUUGGAAACAAUACAUAGACAGUCAUUGUAUAAUAAUAGUAAUACUGAUUAUAUUCAUUCAUUUUAUUGUACAAAACGAUUAUGUCUAUUGAAUUUAUGUCGUUUAAUUAUUAAUUUAGAUGCUAAUAUGUAUUUAUCUGCAGCUGAACAAGUAUUUUAUACUAGGUCAGAUCAUAAUUACGAUCAUGAUGACGAUGAUGAUGAUCCCGAUCAUAAAAGUAAUAUUGAUCAUCAAUUAUUUAUACAUAAUGAUGAGUUAGAAACUAAAGUAUCAACAUCACCAUCACCAUUAUCCAUGUCUACAUCACAAAUAUCAUCAACAUUAGAUAAUGAUUAUUUAUUUUGGCAUAAAAUUACACGAAAGUGUUUAAAUUAUACGGAACGUUUAAAAAUUUGGGAAUACUCAUCAUUUAAUCAUAAUAAAGUAAUAAUUAGUAGUGCUAAUAGUACUGAAGGCAAAUGUGAAGUUAAUCAAACUUCAUUUGAAAAAAAUUCAUCUAAACUUUUAAUUGAUUCUUCUACAUCAUAUGAUAUAACUCGAAUACAAACACAAAAUUUAAGUAAUACUGAAGAUAAUCAAAUUAAAUUAGUAGAAAUUCAAUCUAAUCAUUGUCAAUCAUUGUCAUCAUUAUCAUCAUCUACAUCAAAACAACAACAACAAGUACAACAAGAACAAUUGUUAAGUAAUGAAGGAUACCAAUUGAACAUGAUUGAAUCUAUAAAGUAUCCAAUGGUUAUUUCAGAUUCCGGUGUAAGUAUAUCAUCUUUACCGGUUAGUAGUGUUGAUCUAAUAAAUGUAGAAAACGAUGUAUGUAAUAUAUCUGAAGAUAAUGAAUCUAUUCCUACAAAGCAUAUUCAAGAAGAAUUAAAUAAUUCCAUUGAAACUGAUUAUACUACUAAUAAAUAUAUAUUAAAUUGUGUACAAUUACGUAUUGAACAAAAUAGUAUAUUUUCUAAACAUUUAAUUCAUUGUUUAGAUUAUGUUUGGUAUAGACAUUUUCCAAUUGAAUUAUUAUCAAAAGUUUAUUUCAAAGAUAAGCUGAAACGAAAUGAAAUGAAAUUCAAUAAUAAUAAUAAUGAGACGGAUGCAGAGAAGGAAAAGGAGAAGGAGGAUGACGACGACGACGAGGGGGAGAAGGAGCAGGAGGAUAAACAUGAAGGAUUUAUUCAUGUUUUCACAAAAAAUAUUUCACAUUCAAAUGAUUGGAAUCUAUAUAAAUUGAAAUCAAAUUAUCCUUUAUUAUUAGAUCAUGUUAAUAGUAAUUCAUUAAUUGAAUCACAUUGUUCUACUUCAAUUCGACCACCUUUAUGGUUGAUUUAUAGUUUAAUACGACAUCCAUAUUUAUCUCAACGUGAAUGUGCUCUUACCGGUUACUGUGUUUGGUUACAUUUUGAAGCUAAUAAAUGGAUAAAAAAAUGUGAACAAUUAUCAACCAAUUUCAGUCAAUCUAUUUACUUUGAUUGGUCUAUUCCUGUAACAACAUUACAUCAUCAUCAUCCUACUACUAAUACUACUAAUAAUACUACGAAUACUACACAAUUGCAUAGAAUUAUACCAUAUCAAUUAUCAAGAAUACGUUCAUUUGCUAUAGGAUUAUUAUUACCAACAAUACCAUUUCUAUGUAUAACAAAUUGUAAUUCAGAUAUUAAUUUUAAAACUUAUUAUUCUAAUCGUCAUUUAUGUUCUAAAAAAUUAUUAAAUCGUUCAUUCGGUUUAAUUUUACAUGGAUUAGAGAAAUUUUCAUUCAUGAAUUCUAAUGAAAUAAUAAUAAUGAAUAAAUAUUUUAUGAAAACUAAUUGUUUAUUAGAAUCUUCUUCGCAUGAUGUAACUGGAUUUAUCUCUGAACCAACUUACAUUCAUCAUGCUCAUCAUCAGUGUAAUCAUCACCAUCCUAUUAUCUCUGUCGCAUCUGAAAAUAUCAUCAACAAUGCAAAUAAUAAUUCAAAUGUCAAUAAUGCGAAAUAUGAUCAAUUGCCAGCUAAUAAGAAUGCUACUACCACUACUACUACUACUGCGACUACUACUGCUACUACUACUGCUACUGCUAAUACUACCACUACUACUACUGCUACUACUACUACCACUACUACUACUAAUACCACUACUACUACUGCUACUACUACUACCACUACUACUACUACUAGUAAUAAUAAUAAUAACCGUUGUAAUAACCCUAAUUUUCAUAAAUAUUAUCUAUUAUCUACAUUUCCAGUGUUAUUUUCAACAUUGAUCGGUAGUCUCAUUGAUGCAUUAAUAAGUUAUAUUGUUAAAUUAAAAAUAAUUAAUCACAAAAAGUUAAAAUCUGAUCAGAAAGAUAAUAAAGAUGAUCAUCACAAAGGAAAUCAUUUUAGUUCUUCAAUGGCUACUAUCAAUAAUGAUGAUAAUGAUGCUAAUGAUGAAACCAGUACACCAGAGAUUGAUUUAUGUACUUAUGGUUUAGAUGCUUUCAUUAUUUUAUUACAGGAUUCAGAUAAUUGUGUUCUUAGUUCGGCUAUCAAAUCUAAUUUAUUACCAGUAUUAUACAAUAUGGCUUGGUUAUUGGAAUUCGGCAUCAAUGAAGCUAAUUCAUUAUUACAUAUGCAUAAUAAUGAUUAUCAUAACACCAAUAGACCAAUUUCUAUUAUUCCAUCUCUCUUAAUGCCUAUUUUCACUAGUUUAAAUCGUUUAAUUGGUCGUGUAAUUAGUUGGAUGAUAAUCGAUGAAAAAUUCAGUAAUGAAUUAAUUCCUUCAUCUUGUCCUGUAUUUCAUUAUUCAUUGGAUACAUCAUUACGAUUUCAAUUGAUAAGAACUUUUCUACAAUAUUUAAUUUCAAUGAAACCUGAUUUAAAUAACGAUGAUUAUGAUGGUUAUAUUGUAAAUUUGGAAUCAGAAGUACAGUUGAAUCCUGGACCAGUUAGUCGAUGUUUUGUUCGUCGAGUUUUACAUAGUCUUUUAGAAACUUCUAUUAGUCAGUUAGAUCGAAUUGGACAAGAACUUAACAAAUCAGUAGCCUUUAAUCAACAAAAUAAACGUAAACAAGAAGAAAAUGAUAUACAAACAAGUACUGGAGAUGGGAAUGUUAAGUAUUUUUGUGAAAAUUUAAAAUUACAUUAUAAUCAUUUAGUAUGGAUAUUAAAUUGUACUGCAAAUGUAUUAAUUUAUUCACCUUAUCGCGAUGAACAAAUGAUUAAUAUACUCAAUCAGUUAAAUUCAAUGCCUGAAACAUCCAAGCAUAAAAAUACAACCAAUUCUACAGUUUCUGUAAGAAUACAAAGUUUUCAUGUUGAUUUAGGAGAAGAGAUUGAUGUAGAUCAAAAUGUGAAUCAAGCGUGCACUACUCCUUCUACGUAUAAUCAACAUCAUCAUGAUCUUGGUGAUAGAAAACAAACUUCAUGUGAUCUGUCGAAAGAUUGUUUCCAUCAUGACAAUAACAAGAACUCUAGAUGUGAGAUAAUGAGAGAGAGACAUUUGUUAUUUUCAAAGCAUAAGAGUUUAUUUUUAUGCAUGCAUCAAAGUUUGGAACAAGCUGUAAUCACUUCAAUGUUUACUACAGCACAAUAUAUUCAGAGUGGUAAUUUACUAAAAAUUCCGAAUAUUUCAAAUUAUAUAACAACGAAUGAUUUUAUGAAUUUAUACAAUAAAGCACUUGGUCGAAUUCUUGUUUCACGUAUACAAUUACCAGAAAUUGAUGUAGCUGUCGAUACCUUAGUUACCUAUUUAUUAAAACUAUUUAAUGAAGACUCUUAUUUGUUGAAUUCAUGUUUAGCAACCCUACCACCAAUGUAUUCUCCUACAUUUUGGAAUAAUCUAAUCACUAUAAAAUAUUGGUUACAUCAAAAUCUAUCAACAUGGUUCACAUAUAUAUCAUCAAAUACAUUAGAUAUUUAUCAUAAUAUAAAUCAUGAUUUAUUAUUUAACUUAACAAUUAAUAAUGAAACGAAUAUAAUAUCUAAUUAUUAUAUAAAUCAACAAUUAACUCAAUUAUAUACAAUUAUUGAAAUGAUACUUAUCAAUAAUCAUAUUAUCAGUAAUAAAUCAAUACAAAAUUUACCAUCUAUAUUAUUAUCACCUUGGAUACAAGAGAAAUUCAAUCAUGUUACACAAUCGGAAUUGUAUACAUAUAGUGAUAUAAUUAAAAUUGAAUAUAAUAAACUUGGUGAACAAUGGAAAUUAUCAUUGCCUAAUCUAAACAAAUUGAUACAUUUAAAAUUAACUACAAAUAAUAAAAGUGUAUCUAUGGUUCAUGAUAAAAAGUCAAUACUUGUUCAAUUGAUACAAAUGUUUUGGCCAAAAUCAACUAAUAAUAAAUUAACAAAUACUGAAAAUCUUUUUUCAUCAUUGAAUGUUUCAUCGAAAAAAUAUUUACCAAGAAAAUUUUCUAUUACACAAUUGUGUAAUCAAGCACGUAAACAAUGCGUUGAUGGUCAUAAUGCAUGGUUAGAUGCUUAUAGUGAACGUAAACGUAUUGUAGGCCCAUUAGGUACUGUACUUUGGGCUCGUGUAACUGAGCAUUUAAGUCAUAGCAGAGGAUUAUUUUAUCAUUCAGAAUCGACUCCAUUCGGUUGGUGUGUUGAUCCUGUAGAAGAUUCAUUACGUCAACAUGGUCGAUUUUAUUAUACACAUUUACCAAUGGCUGAACGUUUAAUACAUGCAACUUCACGAUCGAAUCUAUUAUCUGCGCGUCAAUCACAUCCACUUGCCUCGUUAAUUGGUUUACCAUCAAUCAUGAAUCAUUCUCCACCUGUAAUUGGUGCAGCUUGUACAUGGCAUAAUUUACCAUUAUGUUUACCAUUAUCAUCUAUUCCAUUAAUACAAUUAGCAUCAGCUAGCCGAUAUCAUAUUCAAGCUGUUUGGGCAUGUCGUUUAAUUGGUAUUCUACAUAUUCCACCUAUUGAAGGUGAUUUAAUACUUGGUCAAACAUGGUUAAGAUUUCAACCUGAUCCAUUAAUGAAUAGAAAUUUAUUGAUAAAUGAUGAUUGUAAUAAUAAUGACAGUAAGAAUGUGCAAUUUAUUGAGAUUGAAUCAUUAUAUCCUUAUCAAAGUCCUUCUAAUCGAUUAUGGUUUGCAUGGUCUUUCAAAUCAAUUCAUCAUAUUGAAGCACGUCGAUAUUCAUUGCGUGAUAUUGCAGUAGAAAUAUUUCCCGAUGAAACAGAUGUGAAUGCACCAAUGCUUUUUGCUAUGUAUUCUUCUAAAGACAGGGAUAAUUUUAUCGAAACUAUCACUCCUUUAAUUGGUCAUCAUUCAUGUUAUUGUAUUCAUCACUAUCAUAAUCCAUUAUUAGUGAAUACAAAUGAACAAUCUGACAUGUCUAUUCCUCUCCCGUCGAAUGGUCACCAUCAUCAUUCUACUUUUAAAAAAUUUAAAAAAUGUAAAUUACAGAAUGUACAACAAGCAUGGUUAAGUGGUGAAUUAUCAAAUUUUGAUUAUUUAAUGAAAUUAAACACAACUGCUGGUCGAAGUUAUAAUGAUUUAAUGCAAUAUCCUAUAUUUCCAUGGAUUAUACGUGAUUAUGAAAGUCUUGUGUUAGACUUAACCCAACCAACUUCAUUUCGACGAUUAGAUCGUCCAAUAGCUGUACAAGAAGACGAUAGAGCUGAAGCUGUAGCAGCACGAUUCAAUGAAGCUGAAUUACUAUCCAAGACAUCAUCUACAUCACAUCCAGAAGCAUCGGGAAUAAAAUCAAAAACGUCUACUUUAUCGAAUUUAAGUAGUGUUUGUCCACCAUAUCAUUAUCCAGCGCAUUGUUCAAAUGAAGCAAUUGUGUUACAUUUUCUUGUUCGUUUACCCCCAUACACUUUUCGUCAUUUACGUUUUCAAGAUAAUAAUUUCGAUGUACCCGAUCGUUUAUUUCAUUCAAUUGCAACAACAUGGCGUCUAGCUACUACUUCUGUUUCAUGUGUUAAAGAAUUAGUACCAGAAUUUUAUUUUCAACCAGAAAUGUUUGUUAAUCGAAGUGGAUUAAAAUUAGGCUGUCGACAACCAGGUGAUAGUGUAGAUAAUGUUGAAUUACCACCUUGGUGUAAAAAUGAUCCACGUUUAUUCACAUUAAUUUGUCGUGCUGCAUUAGAAAGUGAUUAUGUAUCAAUGAAUUUAUCAUAUUGGAUUGAUUUAUUAUUUGGUUAUAAACAAUCUGGACAAAAUGCUAAAGAUUCCUUGAAUCUAUAUCAUCCAUAUACAUAUUUUGGCUCAAUCAAUGUGGAUACAAUAGACGAUCCUAUUCUAGCACAAGCUAUUGAAGGUAUGAUUAAUAAUUAUGGUCAAACACCGAAACAAUUAUUUCACAAACAUCCUCAUCCAUGUCGUAAAUUGUCGAUUUCUAAUGAAAUCAGACUGAAUAUGACGUCAAAAUUUAAAAGUAAAUCUACUGGUGCAAUGUCUAGUAUGACGAGUCAAGAAGAAGUUGGAGAUCGACGUUCUUCUACACCCGCAUUAUUUAACUGUAAUAACAUCAAUGAUGACGAUAAGAAUUCAUUGCAAGCGGCAAUGUUUUCUGUGAGUGAAAAGCAAUCCUCAUCAGUUAAACUAGACAACACACCGUUAGAAACUGUAAUUGGAUUAAAAUGGGGUGAAUGGGCAGGUAGUCCACAGGUGAACUCUUUUGAAAUAAUUUGGAAGAAACAGUUCAUUAAUACAAAGUCAUCAGUAUCGAGAAGUACAAAGAAUUCGCUGGAACAUUCUGAAAUAUUAAAAAUACCAUUUCUUAGUCAUUUAACCGGUUCUAUAUGGUGUGAAUUCAAUACUAAAGAUACUCAUUUACUUCAUUGUAUGAAUCAACUUAACAAAAUCUCUUCAAUAAAUAAUGAUAAAUUAUAUCAUUCUUGGAAUGGUUGGGUUGAUUUUAACAUUGAUCAUGAAAUCGGUGAAUGUUUCUUGUCAUCAUCCUCAUCAUCUCAUUCUACAGAAAAGUCAUCAUCAUCGUUCACAACAGAUGUUCAUACUGAUUGUUCAUGGUAUUGGAAAAUUCUUCACUGUGAAUCAAAUGCAUGUAUAUGGGUAUCGUUAUUACUAGACAUUAGUAAUUUACAAGAUCAAUUGUAUCCUGUACCAUAUUUAAUAAAAUUGAAACCAUCUUUACUAGACAAUAGAACUUUAAAUAUUUUUAUAAAACGUUUACCCAAAGAAUCACAUAGUACCUGUAAUGAUUCUUUUAACUAUCCUUAUGAUGAACCUUUUGGAACUACUGAUUCCUCUCCAUCAGAACUACAUCGUCAUCAUCAUCAUCAUAGUGAUGAGAUAAACUUACAAUUACCAUAUUCAAAUCCUCUUCCAUUCGAUACUGGAAAAUCUUUAAUUACUUCAUUAACUAUUUCACCUAGUUCAAGUCAUGGUAUUCAGUUAUUUGUUGGUACCUGUUUUGGAUCAAUUUAUGUAAGACAAUUACCUACAAAUUUAUAUGAUAUUUCAUCCAUUGACAGUUGGCUACCACAAGAUUAUCAAGGAGAAUCAUCAUUAAAUGAAAAUAAACUAAAUUGUACAGCAAAUAUUCAUAAACGAUCAAGAAAAGAAUCAACAAAACGAAACAUGAAACAUUCAAAACUGACUACUACUACUACUACUACUACCCCAAUGAAUCCUACUCAAACUCUUAAUCAUUCUAUUCAUGAUGAGAAUAAUAAUAAUGAUAAUAAAGAAACCGCUGGUUUAUGGGAAAUUACCGGUUGGAAACAAUUAUAUGGUCAUGCUGGACAUGAAAUCACUAUUUUAGUAAUUAAUCGUAAUAAUAGUAUAAUUGCUAGUGGUGAUAAUCAAGGUUAUGUAUGUUUAUGGGAUAGAUAUCGUUUAACAUUAAUUAAAACAAUUAAUACUAAUAUUAUUAAUGAUCAUUAUUAUCAACAAAAUGAAUCCGGUGAUAGUUUAAAUAGUAGUCAAAGUCAUAAUAUCACUACUACUACUACUAAUACCGGUCAGGAUUACCAUAAUAUUAAUGAUUUGAAACAACCCCGUAGACGAUAUUCUUCUAAUCAUCUUACUGUGGAGAAUUCCAUACAUAAAAGUAAUGAAGAUGUACAAAUGAAGAAAAAGAAGACUAUUUUAAGUAGUAGUCGUAGUAGUAGUAGCAGUAGUACUUCAACAGCUGAUUUUAUAAAUAUCAAUGAUGAUUCAGUAUUAUUAAAUAAUUUUAAACGUAUUGAUGGAAUAUGCUUCAAUUUAACAUCCGGUGAAUUAGUUAUAGCCAAAUGGAAUCAUCCUAAUUUUAAUGUCUGUUGGCUUGGUUUAUAUUCUUGUUCUGGAGUUUGGAUAGCUAAUCGUAUUUUAGAUUUUCUAGCUGAAAUCAAUGAUCCAUUAAUAGAUUCACCUUUAUUACAAAUCUAUGAUGAUAAUUAUCAUCCUUUAGUUCCUAUGGCAUUUUCAACUGUAUCUGAAGGUCGAGGUGUGAAUUGUUUAUUAGUUGGUGGUCCAGGUGGUCGAUUAGUUUGGUUGAAUUCAUGGACAUUGGAUACAAUACGAACAUAUAUGCUUCCAGAUAAUGAUGAAAAUGCACGUAUAACAUCAGUUUGCUUCGGACCAUUAUUGAAUACUACUGCUACUACUACUACUACUACUACUACUACUACUACUACUAAUAAUAAUAAUAAUAAUAAUAAUAAUAAUAAUAAUAAUAAUAAUGUGAAUUAUCAUACAAAUUCAAAAGAUUUAGGUGAAAUUUUAUGUCAAGGUUUAUAUGUAACUGUUCAAACAGGUUGUUUAUAUCAUUUUGGUCCUAAAUCUACUAUACAAAUAUAUCCUAUUAUAGAUCAAUUAAAUCAUGAUAAUUAUUCAUCUUAUUUAAAUCAUCAAUUGUAUAAACAUUCUAUUGUACAUUGGUUAGAUACAUAA